GCGGGAAGUUCGCUUGAAACUUUUUAGAAACACAACAGCGAUAAAGUUAUAAUAUUACGGAGUAAUUUACCGUCAACUAAUUUAAACAGGAUGCCCAGGAUUAAAUGCAACUAGAUAAUCGAUAAGUAGAAGUAAAAUAAAAAAUAAUAACGUUCAUAAACUUACUGAGAUUUACGAGAUAGAUUUCUAGCUUAUUCUACAGUUGCUAGCCACUUGUGUCAAUCUGUGGGUGGACAAUGAAAGCAGAAAUGGAUAAAAUUGUCUCACUGUCAGAUGAAGAAAAUAUCCCCGAACUACAGAAAUACCUUUCAACCCUGACCGAUGACCAGCUCACCAACACGAUUACCAAUAGUGCACUGAAGGGCAAGAAGGUUGGGACCAUAAUAAAAGGCAUAUUUAAAGGUUCUCCACCCAGCUCCACUGCUGGGGCAAAUCGUAGACUUCUCCUGUAUCAGCACUGCAUCCCUCUGUGUGAGUCUGGGGAUCUUCAGACUGAGGUGGCAGCAGAUAUCAUUGGGUUGCUUAUGCUGGAGACUCAUACACUAUCCGGGCCAUCUCUUGCAACACUGGGGUCUCUUUUUGUUGAUGCCAUCAAAGUGGGGAAAAUGAGCAGUGGGAAAUCUCUGGAACUGUUUCCUACAGUUCUUACUGCACUUGCAGCAUGUGAAGCCUUGUCUUAUGGCAAAGGGGAACUCAGUGGUGAGGAGUAUAAGAAGCAGCUGAUUAACAGCCUCUGCUCGAGCAGAUGGGAUCCACAGUGUGUCAUCCACUUGACAACCAUGUUUAGGGAUGUGCCUUUGUCAUCAGAGGAGUUGCAGUUUGUGGUGGAGAAAGUAUUGAGGAUGUUCAACAAACUAGAUCUGCAGGAGAUCCCGCCGCUGGUUUACCAGCUGCUGCUUUUGUCUGCAAAGGGUUGUAAGAAACAAGUCCUGGACGGAAUCGUAGGUUAUUUUAAGGAGCAGGACGCUCGCCAAGAAGAGGAGCAGAAACAUGGAGACAGCCUGGAUCUAGAGGUUCAGUCUAUUCCACAGGACCAGCUAAGGCAUGUAGAGGGCACUGCUAUCCUCCACAUAGUCUUUGCUAUAAGACUAGACCAUGAGCUUGCAAGGGAAUUUCUUAAAGGCUUUAAGACAUCGUAUGCAGACUUGUGUCCUUUCAGUGUUGCCCUGUUGCUCUCAGUGGCACGUAUCCAGCGUUAUGAAGAGCAGGUAUUUGAACUUUUGAAAGGGGCCAUCAUCAAGAGCUUCAAGGACGAGCAGCUACAACAGGGGUCAAAGUUACUACAGGACCUCCUACCCGGGCACUGCAGUGUGGCUCAGAUGAUACUGGAUACAGUCCAGAACAGUGUGUUCGGAUGGGAUCAUGUUACCCAAGGGCUAGUGCAGCUGGGCUUCUUCCUGAUGGAUGCAUUUGGACCCAAACCUGGACCAUUUGGCAAGACCACGGAAGGCUCUCUAGCUGUAGCCCGAACACCAACUCAACAAGCGUGUAAGCUAGGAGGACAGGUGCUACUCCAGGGCUUUAAGAUGCAUGAGCCUAUCAGGGGAGAGAUAUUGGAGCAGGUCUUAAAUCGACUAGUCACAAAGACAGCCUCACCUGUCAGUCAUUUCUUAGACCUUUUCUCUGAUAUUGUGGUCUCUGCCCCAAUGAUCCUUCUGGAGUCAUCCUCUAAGGUGACAGAGACGUUUGACCACUUGUCAUACCUGCCUUUGGCCACCGUUCAAGGUCUACUCAAAGCUGUCCAGCCCCUGCUCAAGGUCAGCAUGUCCUUGAAAGAUGCUUUAAUUUUAGUUCUUCGGAAGGCCAUGUUUUCCAGCCAACUGGAUGGUCGGAAGUCUGCAGUUACAGGCUUCUUGUUGCUUCUGAAGAACUUCAAAGUGUUGGGCAGCUUGGCCUCGAGUCAGUGUAGCCAGGCAAUCUCCUCCAGCCAGAUCCAAGUGGAUGUUCACUCGCGAUACAACUCAGCUGCCAAUGAAGCAUUCUGCUUGGAGAUCCUCAGCAGUCUGCGUCGCUGCCUCAGCCAGCAGGCUGAUGUGCGCCUCAUGCUCUAUGAGGGUUUUUUUGAUGUUCUUCGUCGUAACUCGCAACUUGCAAGCUCCAUCAUGCAGACCCUUUUGUCACAGCUGAAGCGGUACUACGAGCCUGAACAAGACCUCCUGCCCCCAGUGAAACUGGAACCAUGCAUCACUGCUCACGGAGACCAAGUCUACCUCCAGGAGCCUCUGGCCCAUCUGCUGAGCUGUACUGUACAUUGCUUGAUGUGGCUGCAAAACACACGCCAGUCAGCCAACCCCAAUGGCGAUGACAGUGAUGGUGAUGAGGAAGAGGAGGAAGGAUACCGGUCGGACCUACAUGCUAUUCUAGAGAGUAUGACAAGACGCAUGAUCAAGUGCGAACUAGAAGACUUUGAACUGGACAAGUCGGCUGAGUUUUCAAUGGGAUCCAGUGUUGGAGUGAAGAAUAAUAUCUAUGCUGUGCUGGUGAUGGGAGUGUAUGAGGUCCUCAUGGAGUACAACUUUAUCAAAGCCAACUACAGUAAAAGGUGCUUUGAGGAGAUCAUCGAGCUGUUCAGCCGUUACCACAAGCUGUCUGAGAUCCUGAAGGAGAAGUCUGGAAAGGGUCGGGUGCCCUCACACAAGACCCCCCGCAGUUUAUUCUCAAUGGGCAUCAUAUCAACAUCAAUCACUGUGCUCUUCAGGGAUAACACUCAGAGCAGAGAGGAGGCUCUCUCAGUACUUCGUUCAAAUGGAGAGUUUGUGCGUUAUAUACUGAGCGUGGUUGUGCAGAAGAUCCAGCAGCUGGAUGAAACGGGACACACAGACGGCCCAGAUGGACAGAACGCAGACAAGACUUUCCGCUUCCUCUGUGACAUGACCAGUGUCCUGAUGUGGCGUUACACGAACAUCCCCAGCGUGGUUGAGGAGGGGGGAAAGAAGGAGAAGCGCUCCAGUUUGUCUCAGCUGUGUCUGGAGGGUUUGCUCAGGAUCUUCACAACCUGCCAACAACGCUACCCAGACAAGAUGGCCCAGCUGCUCUCUACCAUGGAAAAUGGCACAGAGCAAGAUGACGAAGGCGAUGUUGUAGAGAUGAACUACUUUUACAUCCGACAGUUUCAGAGGGCGCUGUUCACACAGUUAAGUGGCGGUGAGGAAGACUUUAACAGCAAAGAGGCCCAGCUUCUGAUCAGCAUCCUAAGCGUACUCUCGCGCCAGCUAAAGCCGUCCUCCCAGCAGUUUGUUCAGAUGAUCACGUGGACUGUGAAAAUCUGCAAAGAGACCAGUUUUGAGGAUUCUGCCUUCUGUAAGGGCCUGCUCUCUCUCCUCUUCAACCUUCAUGUUCUUUAUAAGAGUCCUGUAGGCCUACUGCUGGAGCUCUGCCAAGACAUCCACAGCGAACUGGGAGAUAUUGAUCAGGAUGUGGAGGUGGAAAAGCAGUCCAAUUUUGCCAUUGUCAACAUGAAAACUGCUUCAACAGCAGCACUGCUGGUCCUGUCUCAGGUUGACAGAGUGCUUGAUGAAGUGGACUGGCUUAUUGCCAGGAAGAAAAGUCAGACAGCUUCUGACAAAUUGGGCUGUGGUGAAGCCACACAGACUGCAGGUCGGCAGGACCCAGUUGAGAAAGCAGUGACGCUGCAGCUUGGGACUCUCUUAACAGCGCUAAGUGAGCUGGUCCAGACGGCCUUGCUGCUGGGCACCUGCACCGUUACACUGUUAAGAGAACUGACCCGCACGUAUACCAUCCUCACCACGCUGGUCAAAUAUUAUAUCCAGGUGUGUGCCAGCCAGCACGGGUCGCUGCCAGCUCGCUUUGAGAAGCUGGUCAAACUAUCUGGCUCCCACCUAACACCACAGUGCUAUUCUUUUAUCACAUAUGCUCAGAGUGGAGACAUCAGUGGUGGAGGUGCAGAUGACAAAAAGAAAAAGAGAAGGAAUGACGUGAACACCGGUGCUUCUGCAAAACUUUUGCGUGAGACUAAAGCUAUCCCCAACCUGAUCUUCAGCAUUGAGCAGUAUGAGAAGUAUCUCAUCACACUCUCAAAGAAAUCAAAGGUAAACUUGAUGCAGUACAUGAAGCUGAGCACUUCGAGAGAUUUCCGCAUCAAUGCCGCUACUCUGGAUGCAGCCCUGCAGGAACAGGAUGACAGUCAGGUGGUAAGCGCUAGCUCAGCUCCACAGGAGCUUCAAUACUGUUCAACAUACACAACAGCCUCUUCUCUCCACUUUUACUUUAUUAUACGAGUCCAUAAAACUGACUCCAUAUCCACACUGUUCCCACGGUUGAAAUGUGCAUGUAGCUUGAUGCUUUGAAUGCUCUGAGCUAAAAGUAGAUCAUUUUUCCCUUCAACACCCUCUCUUUGUUUGUUUGUCUUUGUUCUUCCAUUGCUCUCAGACCACAGAGUCACAGGACACCACCGAGACACAAGAACCCAAACAGAAGAAGAGGAAACAGUGAGGUCA